AGAAUAUUAGUAUAUUAAAUGUAAAUUGUCUAAAAAUAUUACUCUCCCCUAUUUGAUUGAUAAACUAAAUAUCUUUGGAAAAAAAAAAAAAAACCACAGAGAACUAUAGAAGCUGAUUGGUAAGGAUCCAUAUUUCUUUUUGGGCACACAAUAUUGACAAGUAAAAGAAUCAACAAUAGUAAAUCUCCAAGAACCUCUACACAUACAAUAUCAGAUCCAAUGAAACAAAUCGUGAAGAUUUUGACGUUAUUGCUUGCAGUAACUGCUGUUUGGAUAGGCUUGUUACAGACAUCAACUAUUCCGGAGAGCUAUACAUGGCUUUUGCCUCUCUACCUCAUUGUGUCCCUCGGUUGCUAUGGUCUGUUAAUGGUUGGCGUUGGUCUGAUGAAUUUUCCUACAUGUCCUCAAGAGGCUCUCUUCUUACAGCAGGAUAUCGUUGAAGCCAGGGAGUUCCUGAAGAAAAAAGGGGUAGACGUCGGCUCUGAUUAAUCUUGUUUAAGUCGCGAUCAACGGCAGUUUUAGCGUAUAGAAAAAACACAUUCACUGAAGAUCUAACAUUAGUCCUAAUCCCCAAGUUAUCACUUGACUCAGACACAUUUUUAUUUUUUGAUUUUCUUUUAUAAUAUUGUUUUUUUAUUUUAUGUUUUGAGAUAGAACAUCAUGAUAGGUACCUUUACAAAGGCUUCUAGUAGUUAUUGUGGUUUGUUCCAAGGUGUGUAAGGAUGAUAAUUUGAACCAUUUUCAAUACGUCAGGGGCAUUUUCGACCCUUUUCCGCUGAAAA